AGAUAAUUUCGUCCAGUACUUCCAUUUUCUCUCAACCUCCGAUCGUAACCUCUCGAUUUUGUGGUCGGAAGCUCUUCAAUGGCCACUCAAGGUCAGGUCAUCACUUGCAAAGCUGCGGUGGCUUGGGAACCGAACAAGCCGCUGGUCAUACAGGACGUUCAGGUGGCUCCGCCUCAGGCCGGCGAGGUGCGAGUCAAGAUUCUCUUCACUGCUCUGUGCCAUACUGAUGCCUACACUUGGAGCGGCAAGGAUCCUGAGGGUCUCUUCCCAUGCAUUCUUGGUCAUGAAGCAGCUGGGAUUGUUGAAAGUGUUGGUGAAGGAGUGACUGAAGUUCAACCUGGUGAUCAUGUUAUUCCAUGUUACCAGGCAGAAUGUAGGGAAUGCAAGUUCUGCAAAUCAGGAAAGACAAACCUAUGUGGCAAAGUUAGAGCGGCUACUGGAGUAGGAAUCAUGAUGAAUGAUAAGAAGAGCCGUUUCUCAAUAAAUGGAAAAUCAAUUUAUCAUUUCAUGGGCACCUCAACAUUUAGCCAGUACACAGUUGUACACGAUGUUAGUGUUGCAAAGAUUGAUCCAUUAGCUCCCUUGGAGAAAGUAUGCCUUCUUGGGUGUGGUGUUCCCACUGGUCUUGGAGCAGUCUGGAACACGGCAAAAGUGGAACCUGGUUCUAUUGUUGCUGUUUUUGGCCUUGGGACUGUGGGCCUUGCAGUUGCUGAGGGUGCUAAAGCAGCUGGGGCUUCGAGAAUAAUUGGCAUUGAUAUUGACAGCAAAAAGUUUGACAUAGCAAAGAAUUUUGGAGUUACCGAGUUUGUGAAUCCAAAGGACCAUGAUAAACCAAUUCAGCAGGUUAUUGUUGACCUCACUGAUGGUGGUGUCGAUUACAGUUUUGAGUGCAUUGGAAAUGUCUCAGUUAUGAGGGCUGCACUAGAAUGCUGUCACAAGGGCUGGGGAACAUCAGUGAUUGUUGGUGUUGCAGCAUCAGGCCAGGAAAUAUCCACCCGCCCCUUCCAGCUGGUGACUGGCCGUGUUUGGAAGGGGACUGCUUUUGGUGGUUUCAAGAGUCGUUCACAAGUGCCUUGGCUUGUAGACAAGUACAUGAAGAAGGAAAUUAAGGUUGAUGAGUACAUUACCCAUAAUUUGAGUCUUGGGGAGAUCAACAAGGCCUUUGACCUGAUGCAUGAAGGAGGUUGCCUCCGUUGCGUGCUUAACACGCAGUAAUGAAGAUUAUCUUAAGCAAAGGGGUGACCUGUUAAGAACAUGUGUGGUCGUCUUGUUAGCCAUGUGUGUUAUUGCUGCUUUCAUGAGUAGAAAUGUACUGCCAAUACUUGAAACAAGCUACUUAUUUCAAUGAGCUUAUGAAGUUUGGUAUCUAUUUUACGUCUGGGCUUCUCAACUUUGCAGAUGAUGCAUCAUUAUUCUCAAAUCUGAAGCAUAUUGGGUCCUCGUUUCUAUAUGAAUAAUCAGCACCGAACUAUGGAGCUGUCGAAUUACAGCAAGGGUAUUGAGGCUAGAUCAUCACUUGCUGUUUUAUUGUUGAAAGUCUGUCAUGAGUUUGAAAUU